AGUGUCUGCGUGGCUCCUGUAGCGAAAAUCAAUAUGGCGGACGACAGUGCGGCGUUAUCGAGUGAACAAAACCGACUUGUGGACGACGAUAUGAAGAAGCUUUCAGAAGACGGAAAAGUGGACCAGAAAGAGUACCUGGAAACAUACAAUGUUGUUCUCAGUUGUGUCAAGUCCUUGCUUGAUUUGAGUCGGGACAAAGAGCACAAAGAGGAGAGUUUGUCUGAGGAUACAGAUGAACCACAAUCGAAAACAGAGUUGAGUAAAGUGCUGUCUCAAAUCUGUGGCCUAGUGGAUCAUGAAAAGCCACAAAUGCAGUUCACCUGUACACCAGAUCAUUACACUCACGUCAACAUCAUUGGCAAGACGUUAUCAUUAUAUUUAUCCUUGUUGGAUGAAGCCUAUGUAAAUAAAUUGUCUGCUUGUAUCAGGUCUGACUGCUCUCACUGGUUAUCUAAGCUGUUUGGAUAUGAAAAUGCUCUUUGUUGCUUUCAUGAACACCAAUGGGAUGGGUUGGUGCGAGUUUGCAGGUUGGCUUUACGACUGAAAUACCCCAAAUUUGGAACAGAAGGAUUUACAGCUCUGUAUACCAGGCCCCCUGUAGUGUACAUCAGUUCAUCUGCUUUUAACUCACUAGGACAUUAUUUGUGUACACAGCUGGGAUUACCUCAAUCCAGUGUCUGUAAAGUACCAUGCAACACAGUAUUUGGUUCAACACAUACAAUGGACAUUGCUGCCUUUGAGAGGCUCUUCAAUGAUGAUGUAUCAUGUGGCAAGACACCACUGCUUCUUAUUGCUUAUGCAGGAACCCCAUUGGCUGGACAUACUGAUAAUCUCAGUAGAUUAAGAGAACUUUGCACACAGAACGGUCUCUGGCUUCAUCUAGAAGGGGACACCUUGGCAACUUUGUGUCUUGAAACAGUUCCUGCUUCCUUGAAGAGUGCCCCUGCCUGUGACAGCAUGAGCCUAAAUAUCAGCAAAUGGUUUGCAUUGCCCAGUGCACCAUAUUGUACAUUCUACAGGGCCAAAGAUCUUGUUUUGGCAGAGGCCUCAGGACUCAGUCAAAGCCACACAUCUGAUAGACUGUCUGUCCUUCCUCUUUGGAUUAGUAUUCAGACUAUUGGUUUAGAUAAAAUGCGAGAAAUGAUUUUACAUGCAGCCCAACUGUCUCAACAACUGUGUGUGAGUUUGGAUGGCAUGCAAGCUGCUAUGAAGAGGAUAGCCCAGCCUCACUGUUUGUCAUCCAUGGUCGUAUUCAAAUACAAAGCAGCCCCUGUAUCCCCUGGUGAAUCUAUUGUACCUACUGGGGGAGAAGAUGAUGCUUCAGAUCAAGAUGAAGAACAAGAUGAUACAGAGCUGUCAUCUUCAGCAGGAUCAUCCUCUCCAGAACCAGGCUGUGUUUCACCUUCUGUGAGGGACUCAAUCAAUCAAAUGAUUGCAAAAUACCUGGCUCAACAAGUACCUUCUGUUAAAAUUGGUGUUGUGAAUUUGCCCAAAGAGGGAUGCUGCAUUAGAUUCAAUCCUGUCCUUUCAUCUAGAAUAUGUGGGACAACUAGCGAAAAUGUUGAAGACUUUGUAAUUUGCCUCAAAGAAGAAGUGGCCAGAUUAGAUGCCCUGCUUCUAUCUCAAGAGGAAUUCAGGUUAGCAACAGAAGGCAAGGAACAUGUUGUCGUUGUGGAGAUCCAGGACACUUCAGCUGUUGGUGCUCUUCUAUGUGUUCCUCGUUACUGGACCAACAAGGAUUUAGGAAAACUCAGAGAGGCCAAGAAAGUUGAACUUAAUGACUGGAACAAGGAAGUGUUGGCAAAGGUUUCUGAAGGGAUGGAAGAUGUUUUCAGCAAGGGCCGUACACAAGAUGGUCUUACUUGUAUUAUAAUUGACAAGGUUCCAGCUUCAUCAUCUGUUGAUGCAGUGGUAGAUAUUGUUUGUAAAGGAGCUUCAGAACUGGAAACCUCAAGCAAGUAUUUGGAGCAGAUGGCUGAUGCAAUUCAGAAAGGUAUUGAAGCAGCUCAGCAAGACUUAGUGAAAGAAUCAGAGGAAAAAUUGUUGGAAGAGGGUUUGUUACGACAGGUCCCUCUUGUGAGCUCCUUCAUGAACUGGCUGUCGCCUCUUCCAGAGGAACCCAAAACCAUUGGGAGAACUUUCAAUCUUACAUCUGGUAAUCUACACAAGACUGAAAAAAUUUAUAAAUAUCACAUGCAAGUUCAAGAUGAGGAUGACGAAGAAGCCAUACCAGUGACACCAACUAAAUCUUCAUCAGAAGCUAUUCCAGACAAGGAAAGCCCUACAGUGGCAGACUGAAUGAAAAACUCUAUAUAACAAGGCAUAGUUUAUGUACAGUAGUCUCCACAAAGCUUUAGGAUCUUAAAAGAAAACCAAGCCACAUUAUUCAUUUAAAUAAUGCAAUAUUUAACAGUGAGAGUAAUUACAGACAGUAAGGAGAGAAUCUGUAUUCCAUAACUAAAACAGUUCAUGCACUUUGAGCUCUAUUAGAAAGGCAUCUGUUGCAUACCUGGUGACAAUAACAUCAGCCACCAAUGACAAAAGACUAAGAUAGUUGAUUUACUGUUUGGAAGUAUCAUUUUAAUGGUAGCAAGAUGCAGUGGUAAAGCAGUGCUCCCUCUGUAACUGAACAAGUGGCAGUUGCUCAGAAUCUUUCAGCCGUUACACUUUCUGUCCAUGUGUCUUGGAUUGUAUGAUAGAUUAUGUAGUAGAAUUGUAGGGUAAAAAGGGUGGGCUUUUUUGGAACAAACUAUCAAUCAGAAAUCAAGGUGACUUGUUAUUUAUACAUAAUCCUCUGGCAAAUGACAGGAAAUGGCUUGAGAAGCUGAAACAAGGACAGACAUAUACCUGAUAGAAAUCAUGUACAUGUUGAAGCACAAUAUGAAACAACCAAGAGGAUAAAAUUUUCCAGUUUUAUGCUGUUGUAGAGCUGGGAUGCCAUAGCUAUCUAGCUUUUCUCUUUGGGUGCCUUUAACAUCUCAGCUUUUCACAAAUCUUUCUAUUGGCUUGGUCACAACAUAUUUCUGAGACCGCUGCCUCUGACACCUAUUGAUUCUUGUGAAACCACACCCUUGUGCAAACAAAUUUAAGAGUGAUGUUGAGAGGAGGUUGCCUUCAUUAGAUUUACUUAUAAGUAAACUUCAGGCCCCAGUUAUUCAAAGGUUAGAUAAUGUCAUUCACUGGAUAUAUCUCCACCCAGUGGAUAGCACAGUAGGUUUUGCCAUCUCUUAUCCUAUCUGUUGGAUAGGGUUAUCCACCUUUUAAACUACUGGGCCCAAACUGUUCAAAGCAGGGGUUUCAAUAAAAACUGGUUUCCAGCAGUCUACCACUACCUGUUAGACCUCUUACCCCUAUCUGUUUCACCUGGAAGCAGGCUCUUUAGGGAGGGUUUUUUGCAUUACAGCAGAGAUGCCUAUUAUGCCAUUGGCAGGUAUGAAGAGAAAAAAAAAUAUUGAAACCCCUUCCAAAGCUUCUUGACAAGAUUCUCUUUGGCUUUCGGUGUUAACAAAUGUUGGCGAAAAAUACAACAGGUGCAGGUUCAAGUGUCAUCAGAAGUGGCCAAUGAAAUCCUGCACUAAGAGCCAAUCAUUGUUACCCUCAAGGAAAUAUUAUGUAGUGAUGGUUUAUUUGCAAAAUAAGAUUUAACAGUUUCACAAACAAUAUCCAUAGUAUGGAAGUUACAUUUUACAUGAUUAUUACUAAACAUGGUAGAUGGUUAAUAUGGGGCUUAUCAUAUUUCUGUUAGCUUUUAAAUAUUUCAUCCAAGGACUUUAUUUGCAUAGAAAACUUCUCUGAAGAUUUUUGUUUCUAAGUGUUGUGGAAUGCUAAGUCUGGGACAGUUUGGGAAGAAUGUAGAAUUGUUGUCUUGCAAAAAGUACAGAAUGUCUCCAUUUUUAAAUGGGUACACUAAUAGCAUUGUCAACAGGUUUAAAAUUUUAAGAAUGAAGUUUAAUCAAUGAAAGCAUUGUGAUUCACGCUUGCAUUGUGAAGCGUUACUGUAGCUUUGAAAGUUACAGUGACCCGUUUAUUUUCGUACUAGUUGCCAGAGGAAGCAAUUCAAACUAAAAAACAAAUAGAUUGUUUUAAAUAUAAAAUAACAUUUGAGAGUUCAACCAAAUGUAACUUACAAUUCAUAGGGCAUUCCACACAUCUCAUACAUCUUUAUGUGAUCUCUGGUUGACCGUUAUGUUCAGUAUUGAAUUCGUCUUUAAAUAAAAGGGGGAGGUUGGUCCCCAGACUCCCUGGGA